CAGAUACUCUCGACAACAAAACACGCGCUCAUACUCUUUUACCAAGAACUCGCGCGGAGUUUAGAUAUACAACACGCAUCUGUGGCGGGAGAUGUCGGACGGAGCGAGCUAAAAACGACGCCGUUGUUUUGGUGUUAAAUUGUGUCAAAAUAAAGUCGCAUAGCAGAAGGAGGGGUGACAAUAAACGGGGUGGCCUCGGACGACAACGCAAAGAUGGGAGAUUUCGGAAUAUAUGCGGUGUUUGGAGUGAACGGUCCGCCUCAAAGGCUGCUGAGUGCUGAAGGUUCGUGCAGGGUGCUUGUUGCAGUUCCCCCGAGUGUCCGCCAGGUGGUGCUGUUCAGCAGCGGCCCGUGGGGAGAGCGCAUCUGCGUCAACGCGGAGCUCAACGAUGCAGACCGGUACCCCAUCACUAUCGGAAAACUGACUCCAUACAACAAGUGCCUGUCAUGGGAGCAGUGGGAAGAGGAGACCUGGACAGACAGUCUCACACUGAGUGUCACUCUGGAAGGAGGAAACCUGGUAAAAGCAGAUUGGUCAGAGCCAGAGCUUCUGACUGUGAAGGAAUACACACCAAAGGAAACUGUGGCUCCGCUCGCACCUCGGGAGGUCAACAGCAAGAGGAAGAGAGAGCGAGCGUCGGAGGAAGACAGUGAAGGGAAUAAGAUGACUACUAACGGGGAAGACGAGAACGUGUGUCCCAAUGGCACCACAGAGAAGACCACGCCUGUGCGAAAGGCCAGAGGUCAAACCAAGGGGGGCCAGAAGCUGUUCAGUAUUAGAGAAGAUGCAACAAAGAUGAAGGGACCAGUUAAUGCAGCAGUAGAGGCGCAGGGGAUUGUGGGAAGAACACCUCCUCAGAGUUCAGCAAGGACGAAGAGUAGGCAGGCCAAGACUCCCACACAGGCCGCCCCAUUGGUCAGCCCGUCAGGUCGCUGGGGCCAGACUCUGUGUCCCAUCGAUGCUCAGACAGCUAUUCUGAUCGGAGGGCAGGGAUCCAGGAUGCAGUUCUGCAAAGAUCCCAUGUGGAAGCUCUGCACAGAGGACAUGUCCUGGUUUGCGGCGGAGACUCUGGCAGAGGGCCCGACACCAGAGGCCAGAAUCGGCCACACAGCCGUGUAUGACCCGGACUCGAGGCGGAUCUUUGUAUUCGGAGGCUCAAAGAACAAGAAGUGGUUCAAUGACGUUCACAUCCUUGACACACAGAGCUGGAAGUGGACCAUGGUGGAGGCUCAAGGAAAGGUUCCUCCUCUGGCCUACCACAGCUGCAGUAUGUUUCGGGGUGAGCUGUUUGUGCUCGGAGGAGUGUUUCCUUGCCCAAACCCACAGCCGGACGGCUGCAGCGACUUGCUCUAUAUCUUCGACCCCAACCUCUCCAUCUGGUACCAGCCUAUUGUAACUGGCGACACACCCUCCCCCCGCUCUGGCCACUCUGCAUGUGUGAUGCAGGAGAGGAAGAUCUAUGUAUUUGGUGGGUGGGACACCCCUGUCUGCUACAAUGACAUGUACAUGUUGGACCUCGGCCUGAUGGAGUUUUCUGCUGUGAAAACAACUGGGAAAGCCCCGUCUCCUCGAAGCUGGCAUGGCAGUGCUGUGCUCUCAGACACAAAGUUCCUGAUCCACGGAGGUUACAACGGAAACAACGCCCUCAGUGACACCUUCAUCUUUGAUAUAGACACCAACAGCUGGACGGAGGUGACGCUCCCUCAGUUGUCCGUCCCCAGGGCGGGGCACGCCAUCAUUACCAUGGACAAAGCCAAUCAACAGCGUUUCUCAGGGGAAGAUGAAGACGCGGAUAUGGACUCUGGCUCCGUCAGAAGUACCCUGCUGGUGUUUGGAGGCGGAGACAACGAGGGCAACUUCUACUCCGACCUGACGACUGUCGCCGUGGAGGAUCUGCUCGGUGCUAUAUAAAGAAAGUGAGUCAGAGGAGAAUCCUCACUCCCCGACUGGAUGUGAAGCUAUUUUAACACCCCCACAGAUCCUAUAUUAUUUAUGUUCCUACAGUGUGUCUAUGUUUCCUUAUGUUGUGUGAGCCCUCUUUUAUUUCUACUAUGUUUUUUUUAAAGAUGUUGGUAUUUGAAAGUGUACAGUUUGGGCAUUGCUUCUAUACAGAUUCUCCAUGUAGUACAUAACAGGAAUAUGGAGUUACUUUUUUAGCAAACUUCAAAGAAAAGUGAUUCCUCUUUCUCUCCCUGUGGUUCCAUAUUAAUAAGAGCAAUGAUGUUGGUAUAAACCAUAUAACAUUCAGAUUAUUUUAGUCAUCAGGGACUCGACUCAUUUGUUUAUGUACAUAGUUUAAAGCUUUUCAGUUCCUCAGCUAAAAUGUGUAUUUUUAUUUCCAUUAAAUUUGACUUUCUUUCUUUUACUUAUGAAUCAUUGUGGCUUUCAGAAGCGCUGAUAUUUGGGAAAUGUCGCAUUUGGAUAGCUGCAGGUGCAUUAACUGAAUGUUAUGCUCAAAAUCACGUUAUUUCCAUAAGUUCCAAAAUCACAAUUCAUCUUCCCAUGCUGAUCAUUUGUACUUGGAUUCAGUUUAUACUUAAUAAACAUUUGAUUUUCUCCACUGUAUUUGAAGUAAAAUAUUCCU